GGGUCUUUGGUUAGGAUGCAUUACACUGCAAAAUAAAAGGGAAGGUAAUGUCUUGAACAUACAGUCAGCAAUACCACAAAAGGACAGUUGUGUUUUUUUUUUCUUCAUUUAAGCACACGAAAGUGGAAUUUGUCACUUUGAUUCAAGACAAGUAAGGGUUGUUUUUUUUUCUGUUGAGAUGUAGCUGAUGCUAUGGAAUAUGACGAGAGACUCGCCAGGUUCCGACGAGGCCACCUCAACCCCUUCAACAAGGCAGAGGAGGAGCCUCGGGGAGACAAGGACCCGCUGCACAAUGAGAUGAAGCCGGAUUCGUUCCAGUCAGAGCUGCGCUUCCACCCCACUGACAGAGUCAUGGACUUGGGUCUGGCAGAAGAUCACUUCUCUCGCCCUGUGGGCUCGUUCAUCGCCUCGGAUAUCGAGCAUCUGAAGCAGGCCAUCGAGGACUGCAAGCGCCUCAUCCUGGAGCUUCCGGAGCACUCGGAGAAGCAGAAGGACACGGUGGUCAAACUGAUUCACCUCCGCCUCAAACUGCAGGAACUCAAGGACCCUGAUGAAGAUGAGCCCAAUAUGCGAGUCCUGCUGGAGCACCGAUUCUACAAGGAGAAGAGUAAAAGCGUCAAGCAGACCUGUGACAAGUGCAGCGCCAUCAUCUGGGGGCUUAUCCAGACCUGGUAUACCUGCACAGGUUGUUCCUAUCGGUGCCACAGCAAAUGUCUGAACACCAUCACCAAACCCUGCGUCAGGUCAAAGGUCAGCCACCAGUCAGAGUAUGAGCUGAACAUCUGCCCCGAAAGCGGACUGGACAGCCAGGAUUACAGGUGUGCAGAGUGCCGGGCACCUGUCUCGCUGCGGGGCAUUCCGAAUGAAGCGAGACAGUGCGACUACACUGGUCAAUAUUACUGCAGCAACUGCCACUGGAAUGACAUGGCUGUCAUCCCUGCUCGAGUCAUUCACAACUGGGAGUUUGAGUCCCGAAAAGUGUGUCGCUCUUCAAUGAGGUACCUCAGCUUGAUGAUGUCACGGCCUGUCUUGAAGCUCAAAGAGAUCAACCCAUUGCUCUUUAACUUUGUGGAAGAGCUGGUGGAAAUUCGGAAGCUACGGCAGGACAUUCUGCUUAUGAAGCCGUACUUUAUCACAUGUAAGGAAGCCAUGGAGGCCAGGCUGCUGCUACAGUUACAGGAGCGCCAGCACUUUGUGGAAAAUGAUGAAAUGUACUCCCUGCAGGACCUGAUUGACAUCUCCAACGGACGCCUGAGCGCCUCUCUAACUGAAAUCCACACCACUUUCGCCAAGCACAUCAAACUGGACUGCGAGAGAUGCCAGGCGAAAGGUUUUGUGUGUGAAUUGUGUAAAGAAGGAGAUGUCCUCUUCCCUUUUGACAGUCACACCACUGUGUGUCACAACUGCUCCGCUGUUUUCCACAGGGACUGUUACUAUGACAAUUCUACCACCUGCCCGAAAUGUGCAAGGAUGUCCGAGCGAAAACAGCCUGUGGUGCCUCUGGUCAGCCGGGAAUGAUGAAGUGAGAGGAAGCAUUGCUUAAUCGAAUACUGGUGCCCAGACAGUCACUGUUAUAGGAAGUGUUUAAAACAGAGCUUGGAGCUUAGAGUUUGCCAGUGCUAGACAAGUAACAGCACGGUGCUCCGCAACAAAGAAGCCUUGUUUCUAUACUUAUUUUAUAUGGACUGCAGUACACACUGUAAGCAUGGAGCUCACUCUUUACAGUGCACACAGUCAACAUGCCAGGUCACUGCUGCCUUUUCUUUUCUGACACCAGAGCAGCUGGAAUAGGACCGUUAAAGCAGCCUUUGUCAGUAAAAACAGUAAAGAGAAACUUAGUCUCUUGGACCAACUACAGUAUGACCUGAAGCCAAGUUUCAAGAGAUUACAAGAAGCCCAUAAAGUUGUUGUUCAAUUGAAGUUCUGGAGUAAGACUGAUGCAUUUAAAUAUGUACACAUUUUUGUUUAGUUUCUCACAGCGAUAGAACAUCCAUACUUUCAAGACCUAACCAAUAAAUGUAUUCUGUAUUGUAAUACUCGAUAGGUUGUAAGUCAAUGUUGGUGUUGUAUAGAGUGCUCAUUGAAUGUGGAGAACAGUUUUAAAACACAAUUCUUGACCGUUGUACUUUUUAAAAAUGCAUUAGAUGGUCUCUAGACUGCAUUUCUUUGUAAUGUUGUUAUUAGAAACAUUGUAGUUUUGAUUGCAACAGCCAGUACAGGAGGACUGAUGAGGGAGGGUUAAUAACUUUGCUGGCUUUUGUUACGGAGAUGAACAGGGCUGUCUGAUUGUAUUAAUAUGUUGGAAUGCAGUGAUCUACUGGUAAAAAUAACCACUGUGUUUUUGUCCUGCAUGUAAUAAUUGUGGCAAGUAGGUCUAGUAUUUUAAUCUAGAAAAGUUUCAUGAAUAUCAAGCUGUACUUUAUCAAUAAAACUGACUGGGGGGGGGAGACAAAAUCUAAAUAAAAUGACAUUUUGCAUUAUCAGUAAUGAAAAUGGAUGUAAACACAGCCUUCAGGAAAGUAGAUACAGUAGCUUUGUUGACAAAUUUGACAAGUCUGUUGUAGAUUUUGGAGGCAGGUGAAGCCUUGCUUCCCCCUCUGUACAGUAAAUAGGAAAGUGUUAUUAAUCUUUAGGAUUUGUUUUAUAUUUAGAUAUCCUAAAAACUGUCUAAUGCUAAAAAAGUAAAAUGCUGCCUUGGCAGUCUCUCUUUUUAGAAUACUACAUUCCAUACCGAUAACUGAAUCUGUGGAUAGUUUAUCAACCACUAUAAUUCAGGCAGAACCAGAGCGUUUAAAUGAAACGAUGGAAUGUCUGUCCAAGUAUCAAAAAAAAAGAAAAAAACAUAGUAUAUUGUACUGGGACAAAUCCCUAUAGUCUUUCCACAAUUUGUUGUAUUAUAUGUCAUGCAUAAUAUGGCUCCAGGCAACAAAGUUACAUUCAGGAAUAAACAUGUAUAUACAGCACACAUCAUCACACUCAAUUACAGUUUGCCUAAUCAAUGCCAGUGUCCCUGAUGGUCACACAACAUAUUGACAGGUAAUGAGUAGACAGUAAAUAACCCCCCCCUCCCCCUCCCAAUUAAUAGAAAACUACAUGCAUUGAUUUGUGGCAUUUCAGGAAUAAGCACGAACAAAAGGAAGAUAAUGAAUGUCAGGGUAACAGAAUAUUCACUAUUUGUUGUUCCAAGUAUGAAGUGUACACCUUUGAAUUUGAUAUACACUACUUAUGUUUACUAUGUAAUUAUUUGUUUUAAAAUAAUUGAAUGCUUGUUGCCUUAUCAUUCACCACAGACUAUAUAGUUAAAUCUAAUAUUUUUUUAGAAUUACACCAUAUAUUGUAGACACUACCAUCUAUAUUGCCUUAUGAAGUAUAGUCAAUUUCACUUUCACCUCAAGCAAAUAUAAACUCUUAUUAUGCCAGUGACAAAUUAUUUGGACAUGUAUUAUUCAUGCAUGAAUAAAAUCCUAAUUAUACUGCCA